UUGUUACCCCAAUGUUUCUAUGUAUCUGUAACCUUACUUGUAAUAAGCUAAGUAAUGACAAGUAAACUUAAUAAAAAUGCAUUGAAGUCAAAGGGAAGGUAAAAUGACAUUUUAUAUACAUUGCCAUAUAUUGUUAGAGAAACUCCUUUCCACUGUGCCACAACUGCUGAAAAUGACAGAGCCUGGGACGUGGAAAGAUUUUAACUCUGAUCUGCAAUAAAGUUUUGGGGGGAGGCCUGCUGGUUUUUUGAGGAAGGCCUUGGCUCACAAGUUUAACAAUAUCCAACAAUGUCAUUAGUGGUUUGAGUUAAUCUCAGUAGCUGACAAAUAUUGUAAGUUAAAGUCUGUCUGUAUAUCUGUAUUUAUACAUAUGGGUUGCUGCUGUCAUUGCUUCUCUGUAUUCGAGUUUAUUGUGUACUUAGAAUAUCUCUGUAUGUUUUUUUGUUUUUAAUUAUAGGUGGAAGAAUGAUGGAAAAUAUUGAGAACAACAGAAAUCAUACAAAAAAGCAUUCAAAUUAAAAAGAAAUAUUUAAGUUGCAUUAAAAAUGAACAUAAACGAUCUCCAUAUAAAUUAAUUUCCCUUUUUUUUUUUACUUCAUCUUUAUUAACAUAAGAGGAACUCCAGCCAAAUCCUCCUCUUUUGCAUUGGGAUUGUUUGAUUGCAUGAUGUCAUCAUGUACCAUUGUGAUGUCCCAAUGAAGAGGCGGUCUCUUGGCAAAGAAUCAGGUGUUUUACACACAGAUCUCGACAGAGCAACAUGACAUCCAGAAUGUUCUUGUUGUUUUUGUUUUCUAUUCUUUUUAUAUCUUUUGUAAAAUCACAGGAUGAAAAGGAAGUCUAUAAACCAGAGCUGAUGGACGUCCAAGGCAUGGUGGACCUCGAAGAUAAAGGACCUUCUGCCGGAUUUAUAGUGGUUGAAUCUGGGGAAUGUAGUGUCACUUGUGGGAAUGGAGUUAAGAUGGAGAAGCGAUGCUUUGUAGAUACUUCAGGCGAGACCUCUGAUUGCCAGAAAGUAAUGUCGCCCUGUAGCAUUAGCGUACCAUGUCAACUGAUGACAUUUCAGCGUAAGCCUGGAGAUGAAUUUGCCGUAGAUUGUAUGACGGAAGAAGAGGUUAAGGAACAGGGAGAAGUAAAUAUCUAUUGGAAGCAUGCUAAAGGCAUCAUAACCACGGAUGCUAGGGUUUUUCGUCCCUUAAAACUUCGGAGCAGCAUCCUGACGUUUCCUUCCCUCCAAGUGGAAAAUACUGGCACUUACCGUUGUGAUGCACAAAGAAAGGCCGAUGGACUUUUAGCAAAACAAGUUUAUUUUGGCCUCAAGGUGAUUAACCCUGAGGUGUUUGAUUUGGAAUUCAGAAAAUAUGUCAGAAACAAGAAGUUUCUAGAGGAUGUUCCAGCAUUAGAGACAGAAGACACUGAGAAGGUCUCCCCCCAGCCAGUAAAUAAACUGCUCAUUAUUGUUGCCACUGGCAUUGGCACAGGACUUCUGGUGGGCAUUGUUAUCUGGCUGUUAUUGCUGUUCUUGUGUAGAGCCAAACCCCAGCAGCCUGACUUAGUUUAAAUACAAUCAUUUUAGCCUUUCUACCUUGGAUAUAGUAAUGAUUUAUGUAGAUUUCUAUUGUCAA